CUUUUAGUGAAUGAAAACAAUUCGACACUUGUCGUAAUAAAAUACUCCUAUCUAUUCAUUAGAUUUCAGUGAGCUGUUCUUAUUUGUUGAUAUUUUAUGUCUCUACUUUCCUUCUAUUUCUAUCGCAAAAAAAAAUGAAGUGAAGAUUGUGCGCUUCUAUUUUUAGUUUCUUAUAUUUAGACUUGUUCUUAUUACGCGACUUGAGCGGUAGUUUUGUUUUCAUUUAAUUCCACCGGAGAAACAUAGCCAAAGACCGAACUAGUGUUGUGGCAGGGUUAGACGUCGCAAAUUGUGUUAUGCUCCUCAACUCUGAACACUUUUAGUUACUUCUGAUCGACUAUUUUCGUAUUAACAUCGUCAAGAUGGUUAAAGGAGCUUGGGUAACCUUAGCUACCAAUGACUCCUAUUCUUUGGGAGCCCUUGUCUUGGCUCAUUCUCUGAAGCAAGUUGGAACCCAGAAGGAGCUUGCUAUCCUGGUGACUCCAGGAGUAACAAAUUCUAUGAGGGCAAGGCUCUCUGAAGUAUUUAAUUCAGUAAAAGAAGUGAACAUAUUAGAUUCUAGAGAUAAAGCUAACUUGAGAUUACUUCAGCGACCUGAGUUGGGUAUUACCUUCACAAAGUUGCACUGCUGGCAACUUACUGAAUACGAAAAAUGUGUAUUCUUAGAUGCAGACACAUUGGUUUUACAAAAUUGUGAUGAGUUGUUUGAGAGGGAAGAAUUGUCUGCUGCCCCGGACGUUGGUUGGCCAGACUGUUUUAAUUCUGGAGUGUUUGUUUAUAGGCCUUCCGAAGCGACAUACAACAACUUAAUUCAAUUUGCAUUGGACAAAGGAUCGUUCGAUGGUGGAGAUCAAGGACUGCUCAAUUUGUAUUUUUCGGAUUGGGCAAGGAAAGACAUCAGUAAACAUCUUCCAUUUAUUUAUAAUGUUUGCUCGACAGCUUUCUACUCUUAUUUGCCAGCUUUCAAGCAAUUUGGAAAAGAUGUUAAAAUAAUACAUUUUAUUGGCAACGCGAAGCCUUGGUUACAAUAUUUCGAUACAGAAUCGAAGAGAGUGCGUCCAAGCAGAGAUCUUGGACAUCUAGAACCAAUCCUUCAAAGAUGGUGGAAUAUAUUCUGUAGUAUGAUCCACCCUAACUUAACUCCUGAUAUGAUUUCGAGCUAUCCAUCAGAACCCGUCUCAGCGAGAUCUCCUGAUCCUCCUACCUAUCAGCAUCCUCCUCACAUCGAUCAUCCUGUACAAUUUGAUUGCACAAUCGACAAACCGACAGUUUGGGAUCCUUGGGAAGAAUAUGAUAGAAAUCAAGUGAAUGUAACUUUACAUUCAUCCGAGCCCCUAGAAUCUCAUAAUACAAUUGCAUUGAACACUGUUGCAAGUGACCAAACCUGUAUCGAUUGUUCAAGUCCAGUUUUUGACGAAUCUCCUGUAGAUCACAAUGAUCAACAUUACAUUGACAAUCAGACUGACUUACAAAAUUGCCAAAAUGAUCAACAUUGUGUUGAACAAUUUCCGGUGACAAGUUUCAAGGAAGAUAGUCUUGUUUCGUGCCCUUAUAAUACACAAGAGGAGUUUUGUCAUAUUGACAAUGAAAUUGUUCAAGAAUUUCAUAAUAGCGCACCAGUUCCUAUUGUACAACAAGAAAAUAUUGUAAGUGCAAUUCCCACAGUUCCUAUUUUUGAAAAUAAUCCUAGUCACUUUACAACACAUUCCCCUGAAGUCCUUAAAAUCGAAGAUACGGUUUCUGAGAGAAUCCCUUCACCUACUUCCAUAAUACCUAAUAAGAACGAGACAGAAGAAGAUUGCAAUGAAGUGCUGUGUGAAGAAGAUAACGAUGUACAAGAAUCUGGAUUGGCUGGGGCUUUCGCUAAGUUAACUCUUGGCCAACAAAGAACUCCAGAACAGGAAGCACUUGAGGAUAGCUUGAGAAGACAAAAUUGGGAACAGGGAAACAUCGACUACCUUGGUAAAGAUUCUUUCGACAACAUUUGGAGUAAAAUUUGCGAAACUCUCGCAAAAGGUCCACAAGAAAAUGAAGGCGAAAAUUCUACUCAAUUAAAAAGCGACGAAUUAGUAUUAGCCAACCCACAGCAAGAAUCAUCUUCGAUCCUUAAGGAAGAUGUAGUUCCUGCAUCACAAGAGGCUGCUGUACAUGAUAGUUCAAUUGAAAUUCAAGAAAAAGCUUCCUCAGAUCCCAUUCCUUUACCUCCAUCACCUGGUAUAGUUGAAACACCAAAAAUACCAAUUCCUCAGAUCCCAGAAACGGUUUCCACACCUGAAGUUUCUGCUACCACUAAAGAGAACUUGCUUGAAGAAAAAUCUGAAAACAAAAUUUCCUCUGUUCCUACGGAAGCUACUAUCCCAAUUGAAACUCUUGAAUCGAAGAUUGUUGAACAGGUUCCACCUGUAGAAGAGUGUGCUAAAUCUGGAAAUGCGACAGAAAUUAAAUCUGCUGCAGAAGAGACGACUAAAGUUAUUGAAAAAGUAGCUUCCGAAACAAUUUCUAGUCAACCUGCGACUGAAGAAACCUCUAAACCCCAGGAUGUUCCUGUUUCAACAGAAUCUACUACAUCUGAUAAAGAACCGACAUUAUUAUCACAGAAUGUUACUUCAGUUGAACAACAAGAUAAAAUUCCUUCGACUCCUAUAAUGCCAGCUCCAAUAACAUCUAAACCGGAAGAUAUUUCGAAAGAAAAAACACUACCUGCAUCCCAAAGGCUUUCCUCUGCAGACCCUACACUUCCUUUAGUACAACAAGCUCCACUUCCAACACAACAAGUAGCAUCUACAGCAGAGUCAGUUCCUCCUCUAGUAGCUGUAUGUCCACUUAAAGAUGCUCCUUCAGAAGAGACCCCUUUGAAAGAAACUCCAUCUAGUCCUGUAUCCCAAGUGCCAGUUUCAGAACAAACUGUCCUAAAAGAUACAGCUACACCUCCUCUUCCUGCAGAACAAGGCUCUAUUUCAGAAAUAAAAUCCUGCACAUUGAUAAAGACUUCUGCUCCUGAAGAACCUCCUAAACCAGAACAAAUUGCUCCAGAAAAAGGAGUAGAAUCACUUGGAGAGGCAACUGAAAAAGCUUGUAGUGUAGAUAAUGCCCCUUCUACAAUACAAGCAGCAGUCCAACAAGUUCCUCUACUCCCACAACCAGCCACUACUACCCCAGUUCCAAUUGCUGCACAAGAAAAAGCAUCAGCACCUGUUCCACUAGAUCCUGCUCCUCAAUCACCAUCAACUGCUACUCCAAGAUCGACAGAUGCUUCCUCUGAACCUCUACCUCCAAUAACUCCUCCGCCCAGAAAAAAUGGAGGAAAUAAAAAACAGAAUAAAUCGAAGAAAUGAUUUUUUUCAUUGGUGUUGCAUAUCGAUUUUGCUUUAAUCCUUUUGUAAUUGAUAAUACUUUGUAGUUCUGAAUAAAUAUUAACUGCUGGGA